GGCCCCUCCCUGACUCGCUCCCACCCGGUUUCCCCCCGCUCGGCCCGGGCUGGGCCCCUCCUCCCUUUCAUCCCCACCUCCCCCUCCCCCGACCGACGACCACCCGGGAGGAGUCCCAGGCGCUGCCGGGCCGGCCCCGGCCUCCCUCCGCGUGCUCUGCCCACCCGGGAAGUGAGCUGCCCGUGUGUGCGAGCUGCGGCCAAAGGAUCUAUGACGGCCAGUACCUCCAGGCCCUGAGUGCUGACUGGCACGCAGACUGCUUCAGGUGUUGUGAGUGCAGUGCCCCUCUUUCACACCAGUACUAUGAGAAGGAUGGGCAGCUCUUCUGCAAGAGAGACUACUGGGCCCGCUAUGGAGAGUCCUGCCAUGGGUGCUCAGAGCACAUCACCAAGGGACUGGUCAUGGUGGCCGGGGAGCUGAAAUACCACCCCGAGUGCUUCAUCUGCCUCACGUGCGGGACCUUCAUCGGUGACGGGGACACCUACACGCUCGUGGAGCACUCCAAGCUGUACUGUGGGCACUGCUACUACCAGACCGUGGUGACCCCCGUCAUCGAGCAGAUCCUGCCCGACUCCCCCGGCUCCCGCCUGCCCCACACGGUUACCCUCGUGUCCAUCCCAGCCUCGGCUCAUGGCAGACGUGGCCUUUCCGUCUCCAUCGACCCCCCCCACGGCCCGCCGGGCUGCAGCACGGAGCACUCCCACACCGUCCGGGUCCAGGGGGUGGACCCAGGCUGCAUGAGCCCGGACGUAAAGAAUUCCAUCCACGUCGGAGACCGGAUCCUGGAAAUCAAUGGCACACCCAUCCGGAAUGUGCCCCUGGAUGAGAUUGACCUGCUGAUUCAGGAAACCAGCCGCCUGCUGCAGCUCACCCUCGAGCACGACCCCCACGACACACUGGGCCAUGGGCCGGGGCCUGAGCCCAGCCCCCUGAGCUCCCCAACUCCCACUCCCAGUGGGGAGGUGGGCAGCUCUACUCGGCAGAAGCCUGUCCUGAGGAGCUACAGCAUCGACAGGUCUCCCGGAGCCGGCUCCCUGAGCUCCCCGGCCUCCCAGCGCAAGGACCUGGGGCGCUCCGAGUCCCUGCGCGUGGUCUGCCGGCCACACCGCAUCUUCCGGCCGUCGGACCUCAUCCACGGGGAGGUGCUGGGCAAGGGCUGCUUUGGCCAGGCCAUCAAGGUGACGCACCGGGAGACGGGCGAGGUGAUGGUGAUGAAGGAGCUGAUCAGGUUCGACGAAGAGACCCAGAGGACAUUCCUCAAGGAGGUGAAGGUCAUGAGAUGCUUGGAACACCCCAACGUGCUCAGGUUCAUCGGGGUGCUCUAUAAGGACAAGAGGCUCAACUUCAUCACUGAGUACAUCAAGGGCGGCACCCUCCGGGGCAUCAUCAAGAGCAUGGACAGCCAGUACCCGUGGAGUCAGAGGGUGAGCUUUGCCAAGGACAUCGCUUCAGGGAUGGCCUACCUUCACUCCAUGAAUAUCAUCCACCGGGACCUCAACUCCCACAACUGCCUGGUCCGAGAGAACAAGAACGUGGUGGUGGCCGACUUCGGGCUGGCCCGGCUCAUGGUGGAAGAGAAGACCCAGCCCGCGGACCUGCGAAGCCUCAAGAAGCCAGACCGCAAGAAGCGAUACACGGUGGUGGGUAACCCAUACUGGAUGGCGCCCGAGAUGAUCAACGGUGAGUGGGCGGCCCCCCCGGUCCCCGGUCUCCCCCUGGUCCCUGAGCCAGCCUCUCCUGCUGACAGCCGGUCUCUCCACCCAGGCCGCAGCUACGACGAGAAGGUGGACGUGUUUUCCUUUGGAAUCGUCCUGUGCGAGAUCAUUGGGCGGGUGAACGCAGACCCCGACUACCUGCCCCGCACCAUGGACUUCGGCCUCAAUGUGCGAGGCUUCCUGGACCGUUACUGCCCCCCGAACUGCCCGCCCAGCUUCUUCCCCAUCACCGUGCGCUGCUGCGAUCUGGACCCUGAGAAGAGGCCUUCCUUCGGGAAGCUGGAGCAGUGGCUGGAGACCCUCCGCAUGCACCUGGCCGGCCACCUGCCGCUCGGCCCGCAGCUGGAGCAGCUGGACAAGGGCUUCUGGGAGACCUACCGGCGCGGCGAGAGCGGACUGCCUGCGCACCCCGAGGUCCCCGACUGAGCCCGGCCCACCCAGCCGCCCCCAUCCCCACCGCCGGCACCGCGCUCCUCUGCGUGUCCUGGCGGGGUGCGGAGCCCCCAGACUCCUCCCUGACGCCGGGCCCUGCCUUGCCUUCUCCUCCCCUGCGGGCCGAGGCCCCGGAGCUGGCCUGGCCGCGCACACACAGUCACCUCGCCCUGCCUUACCUCCGCCGCGGCGGGGCCGCCCCCUCUCGCUUCUCCUUGCAUGAGCCGGAGGGCCCGCGUGAGUCCAGCCCCAUCCUGCACCCUUCCGCGCCCCCCCCAAGCCGUCCUGUGCACCCCCCACCCAUCUGCAGCGCCUCUGAGGCUGGACUGGUAGACGCCUCCACCGCCUGGGUAGGCAGGGGAGGGCGCGGAGUGAGGGAGAGGCCCCGCUGCUGGGGUGCGUCGCCCCCGGGGGGUGUCUCGUAGCCGGAGGUGUCGGUAUUUACCCAAACCCCCGAACGCGGAGAGGUCUGCCCCUGCAGGAUGGAAACCCCCGGUCGCUCAGCCGCAGGCCUCUCUUGGCUUUGGGUCUCUUCGUUUCUUUCUUGAAGCCACUUUAGUGAGAAGCAGGUACCAGGCCUCAGGGUGAAGGGAGGGUCCGCUGGGGGACAGGGGAGUCGGCGCCCCGGGUCAGAGCUGCCGGGCGGAGCCACAGAGGGACGCUGGGCAGAGCGGACGAGGCAGGUGUCCACCAGCAUCCCCGCCCCCGCAGUUCAUCUCAGUACCCCCCCCCGGGGGGGGCUUCUCCCCAGGUGUCUCCCUCCCCCCAUCCCCCUCCCCCACUGUGGCCCUCUGUCCUCUGGGUUCUUUCUGUGUAAUCUAUUUUUUAAGAAGAAUUUGUAUUAUUUUUUCAUACGGCCGUAGCAGCUGCUGUCGGGGGGGGGCUUGGGGUUUUAUUUUUCUGGCGGGCGGGGGUGGGGGGGCCAUUUUGUCACUUCGCCUCGGUUGAGCAUCUAGGAAGUAUUAAAACUGUGAAGCCUUCUCAGUGCACUUUGAACCUGGAAAACAAUCCCAACAGGCCCAUGGCAUUACGAGGCCAGGACGGGGGACACGUCCCCUCCGUCCGGGAACCGUGAUGUCUAAGGAACACACAUCCAGACUCAGAACAAUAAAAUAAAUUCCAUACUCCCCACGCGGA